CCUGAAAAAGAUGGUGAGAGGCGACGCGGUGGAGAAGAAGAACUCCGCUUGACGUUGUCCCCGAAGAGCUUGAUGUCGCGAAAGUGUGGUGAGCAUCAGCAGUGCGAAGUGCCGGGCGAUGCAGUAGCGGCCAGCAGGAAUGCUGACAUCCGGUCGAGGAGGCGAGGA